ACUGAAAGGUGAGAAGUCACAUACACUACAGAGAGACAGACACACUUGCCAGCAUAGAUGGCAGCCUGCAAACCACUUGGAUCUGGUAAUGAAUGCAGCUUUGUGGAUCAAGAUGAAAUCUGGAAAGUUCAUGUCAAAACAGAGCUUGAGUCAGCCAAAGCCUGGCCCAAUAAAUGGGGAUUCUUGACCGAGUCCUACAAGGAGAUGCAGGAGGAGAGCAACAAGCUGAAGGAUGUUGUCAAAUUGGAGCUUCCCCAACAUCUUAAAACACGACCCCCUACCCCACCUGAUAAAUACAUCCAAGUCGGUUGCAGGUGGGACCCUCUCCCCCAGUUCCCCAGACCACCCAGGCUCAGAUUGGAUGGCGCUCGGCCGUGCCCGAGUUGCAGCUGGAGCGCUAUGGAAAGGUCCAGUGUGGGAAAAAGAGCUUCCUGAAGGAGCUGGGCUGGGCCUUCGACGCCUGCAGCUGAAGAAGCCCUCUGCUGCCAUGACACCUUCCUCCCACUGCGGGGCACAGACUCAAUAUUGAUGACUACUCAAUAUUUGACUUCCCUUAUCCCCUCGUUUGUCUUUGUCCCUCUCUGUCGAGGUCCUCGCUUCCUCCUUUUCUUUACUCACAUACUCUGCUUAAAUCCUAUGAAAUUAGUCCAAUCAGCCCCCCCCAUUUUAUUUUACUCAAUAUUGAUACAUUCUCAAUAAUCAAUACACAAUUAAUCUGCUCUUA